UCUCCUCGAGUCGCAAAGAAAUUUUUCGCUUUAAUCAUUAGUUUAUAGUGCCUAAAUUCGCAAUUAUCGGUUAUCGAAUUGUGAAAAUCAUCGCGCUUUGUUUUGCACUGAUACCUCGGUCGAAUCGCGUCGAUCUUAUUUGGUAGUGAUAUUUCUAUCGCUUUCGCUACCUCCGUCGUGCAAUUCCAUUUGCGGUAGCCAUUGUUUGCUUGCUGCUGCUAUCACCACAUCGAGUGCGAAGUGUAAACAAAGUGACAUACUACUAUACUGCUGCUAUCCCAUCACGGAAUAGAGGAUGGCAAAAAAGUGCUCAGCUUCUCACUGCAUUACCCAGUCUUCUCGUUGCGGUAAAAUACCUUGCGCAAAAUGCAUGAAAUCGUUCCAUUUGAAGUGUGUUGGAUUAUCGGCAAAUCAACAUAAGGCACUGCGGGAUUUCCCCGGUGCGGAAUGGUUUUGCCCUGCUUGCCGAAACUCACCUGUCGAUUUCGAGCAAUCGUCUAGUAACCAGGCACUGAAUUUAAUUCUGGUCAGACUUGCAUCGAUUCUCCGAUUAGUCGGCGCACAAAUAGAUGUGACCCGAUCGCUCUGCCGCGCAUUUACUGAAGGACCACGUCGCUCAUGCAACUGCAACAAAACGUCACAUUCUCUUCCAACUAAUGCCAAUUCCUCCAAGAAUUUCGAAGACGCCAUAAACAACCUACAGUUCGAAUUUACCAAUGUUUUCGGCUCCUUCAUCGGUGACUCCGGUGAUUCAUCCGGAGCUAAAAGAGACAGAACCAGCAGUACCACCUCUUCUACUCAUCCAGCCCACCGAUCCGGAAAGAAAACGAAAGUUGACGUUCCGGUUAGUACAUCAGUCGUAUCAAAUUAUACAGUUCAUUCCGUUCCAGAUAAUUCUCCAUCGGAAAAUCGAAUAGUGUCAGCUGAUACUAUCGACACCAAUGCCAUUUCCCACUGCCCUCUAACUCGAGUAUCGUCAUCAGCUCCAAGCGCUUCCGUAGAAACCAAUGCCUCCAUCAACGCCGCCCAGACUAUAGCACCAGCCAAACCUCCUCCAACCACUAGUUCAACUACGAACAACCAAUCAAUGCUCGCCACUCCCAACGCCACUCAGCUCGCCACUGAUCAAUGCACUCAGACCCAGUCCGGUACCAUUCCCAAGCCUCAACGACUCAUGUCUCAUCUCAAGCCUACCAAGCAAUCCGUCGCCUGUCAAACUUCCGCAGUUUCAUCAACGAACCAUGUUUCGAAGAACCAGUCUACCACUCCAAUAUCAUCAAACACAGUGGAUAUCGCCUGUAAAGCUCCUGCUGUCACCAAUAUCGCUGCUGCCUCAGGAAAUCAAAGACCAGAAAUCCCGAUUUCGCAAACUCCUACAAUAGAUACUCGUGACAGUGAUAAUAUUAAGACCGUCGUUCCAACAGCCGCAAACCAACCGGUGUCCGUCCUCCGACACAACUGAUGAAAAAACAGCCUCCUGUGUAUCGACUACCACCCACAAUCCAAACUUCCCAUGCAUCAACACGUACGCCGAUAAACCUGCCUUCGUUCCGAAUGCCGGAGAUUUAUCACAAAACAACUCCAACUCCUCGACCUUUUCCACGGCGGAUCGUACC